GUUCUCGUUGGAGGCUAUAUAUUUCUUUCCAGUGCUCGAAAGCCGCGUGUGUCAGAAGAGUCUUAUUCUCACUCUAUAAAUUCGCGUGGAUUAGGAAACAUGCAUUUCAAUGCCAAUAAAAGCUACCACAUCAAGUAAAAUAUCGCAGAUCAAAAGGACCAAACUAUGGGCAUUUUUUUCAAUAAAUGAAACGACCAGAAAUCAGUGUGAGUGGAUCACGCCCCGUUGCACUGCCCUCCACAGCGAUUGGUUCACCGGAAAGAGAGCAGGGUUAAAACCCAGAGCGGUUAAAUACACAGGUAUUGAACAGAAGAGCACACCACGGGCCGGUUAGGAGUUUUCAUGGCAGUGGAGGAACCAGUCUGUUGAAUAGGCUAUUUAAAAAGAAGAAGAAGAACAAAAAACUCAAAGGACUCCCGAGUUCUGCACUGAGAAAGCUCACCUGUUCAUCUCACUUUUGACUAAGUUUUGAUUUUUGUGUAACCGCUUGUGCAGAUUCUCAGCAGCAGUAUCUCAGGACUGUGCGGAGAGCGGGAUGAAGUGCAGGCGGCCGCAGAGGAGCGUGAGGGUGAUGAGGGUCAUUCACUGGGCUGUGAUGCUGGGCUUGAUUCAGUCCGGCGCGCUCGGCGCGAGGAAGUUCCGCGGAGGGCGAAACCCGCAGCAGCGACGAGCGCUCCCCCCCGCUCACAACCGGGACCGCGCCGAAACCACCGAGAGCUUCUCACUGGAUUUCACAGCUGUUGAAGAAAACAUGGACAACUUCAUGACUCAGGUGAAGAACUUGGCGCAGUCCCUCUACCCCUGCUCGGCCCAGAAGCUCGACUACGACAUGAAGUUACAUUUCCUGGAGAAUACAUCAGUCACCUGCAACGACGGGACCCCCGCGGGGUACUACCUGAAAGAGUCCAAAGGAAGCAGAAGGUGGUUAAUAUUUCUGGAGGGUGGCUGGUACUGCUUCAACAAAGAGAACUGUGACAGCAGAUACGAGACCAUGAGGAGGCUCAUGAGCUCCUCCAAAUGGCCACAAACCAAGACAGGCACAGGAAUACUAUCUUCGCUUCCAGAGGAAAACCCACACUGGUGGAAUGCCAACAUGGUCUUCAUCCCAUAUUGCUCAAGUGAUGUAUGGAGUGGAGCCACACCAAAAACUGAUAAAAAUGAUUAUGCGUUCAUGGGUUCACUGAUCAUAAAGGAAGUUGUAAAGGACCUGCUCACCAAGGGUCUGGACAAUGCUAAGAUACUGCUGUUGGCUGGAAGCAGUGCGGGUGGCACUGGGGUGUUGCUGAACGUGGACCCAGUCUCUGAGCUCCUGGAGGAGUUGGGUCACACAAACAUCCAGGUCAGGGGUCUGUCUGACUCUGGCUGGUUCUUGGACAACAAACAAUACCGCUGCACUGACUGUGUGGACACCAUCAACUGAACACCCACUAAACUCAUAAAGAUAAUAAUAAAAUACUGGGGCGGUGUGGUACCUGAGCGAUGCCGACAGGCUUAUGAAGGAAAAGAAUGGAACUGCUUCUUUGGAUAUAAAGUUUAUCCUACCAUUAAACGCCCUGUGUUUAUAGUGCAGUGGCUGUUUGAUGAAGCCCAGCUAACGGUAGACAACAUUCACCUGACGGGACAGCCGGUUCAAGAAGGACAGUGGCGUUAUAUUCAGAAUCUAGGGACUGAGCUGAGGAACACUCUGAAGGAUGUCCCUGCCAUGUUUGCUCCUGCUUGCCUUUCGCAUGAAUUCAUAACAAGAAAUUUCUGGACUGACGUCCAAGUCAAAGGCACGUCUUUACCCAGAGCGCUCCACUGCUGGGACCGCAGUCUACAAGAAAACAGCCGAAAUAAUAAAUCCCCUCCCAAAGGCUGUCCCGUGCACUUGAUCGACAGCUGUCCAUGGCCUCACUGCAACCCGACAUGCCCAACGAUCCGAGACCAGUCGACGGGACAGGAGAUGAACGUAAUCCAGUUCCUCAUGCACAUGGGCUUUGACGUACAGAAGAUGGCCCAUCAGCAGGGCAUGGACCCAAGUAAGCUCCUGGGCAUGCUCAGCAGCGGCAGCUAAAUACCGUGGAAGGACUCGCUCCCGGUUGGGACCCUGAUUCCCAUCAGUCCGUUUGAUACCUCCAACCCCACACCCCUUCACCCGCCUCAGUUUUGACCUCAGGCUGAGCCCUGCCUUUAGUCGGGGCUCUGUGCCAACUCUCUACGGGCUUCCGUCUCCAGAUCUCCUCGUUAAUGAUCAGUUGGUUUCCCUUUUGCUCCAGUCUUCACUAUUAUCACUGAGCAGCUUGGAGAUGGUGGAGACGCCCAAAACAGAGAUUUGGAACGGAGCCCUUGUUAGAUCCACCUCAGAUAAACCAUGGGCUGCUGACUGUUUACAGGUUCCCAACACAACACAGUACCAGUGAAAGUACUGAAGAACCAUGUAACCAGGACAAGGUACACCUGCGUCUUUGCUCUUAAUUUAUCUUUUGGUUAUAAAAGUAUCACGAAUGUAAUCCAGUUUUACGGAUCUUCAGCAUUGUUGUUUGCUUUGUAUUGUUUAUCUCAUUUUCUUUUUUUACCAAUAUAGUCAGCCACAGUUUAUUAGAGUUUUAUAUGUUCAUAUACAGAGAGCAAGAGAACAGAGAUUAUCGAUUAUAGAGUUUAUAAUCUGUAACGCAGAUUACAGAGUUUAUGAAGUACAUGUAAAAUAUAUGGAUCUACUCAAGACUAUAAAGAAUCUUAAAAACAGGAAUUUCGGAACAGGCAGACACUGGAUCACCUGCUCUAAACCCGACAUCACUCUUGGGGUAUGGCUAAGUUAUGAUAAAAUAUGUCAUAAUGAGAGUUCUUUAAGGAAUAGUCAGCCCUAUAAUAAAUUCUGUCACCAUUUACUAACUCCCAUGCCAUUGAAAACAUGACUUAUUUAUUUCUUCCUUCAGUAAAACACAGCUGGAGAGCUUCUCAAGAAUGUCCAAGCUUCUAGUUUUUAUACCAUGGUCAUGUAUACUGCCAAAAUCCAAAAAGCACAUAAUGGCGCCAUAAAAGUAUGAUAGUAGUCCAUAUGAUCAUACAUUAUAUUCCAAGUCUUCUGAAGCCAUUCAGAAUUAUUCACCUCUGCUAUAGCUCUCCAAUCUCAUUUGUGAUCAAGUGGACACAUAAACAACCAUCAGUGACUUUAUGACUUUUACCUGGACUCAAGUGCGAAUGACAGUUGUGAGCUCUGGCACUAAAAUCAGAAUUUGUAUCGUGGUAUGGAUGAAAAAUCCAUACUAGGGAUUAUGGUAUAGGAAAGUAAUCAUAUGGACUAUUUUUGGAGAAUUCUGAAGCAGUAUAAAUCUACUUGUGUUCGUAUACAAAAACAGAAGAUUGGACAUUGUUGAAAACUGUUAAACUGCAUGAGGGUGAGUAAACGAUAACAGCAUUUUAGGUGAACUAUUCCUCUAUGGUACAAAAGCUCACAAAUCCAGGAUGAAAUGCUAAUUCCUGAAAACAGAUCCUCCGUUUCAUAGUCACGUUCCAGGCACACAGUAUGCUGAAUGUGACCCUGCUACUCAGGUCGGUCUCUUUGCCUAUUUGGUGUACUUUCAGUUGAACUUAUUCACAUUGUAUUAAAACGGGGAUUUCACUCAUUUCACUGUGUAGAAACUCUUGGGACAUAUUUUUCUUUGUAUCCUAAUGGUAAAAUAAGCAAAAUUACACUGUUUGAGUGCUAUUCCCAUUCAUGUAAUAAUCCUCCAUUGUACUGACAUGACAGAAAGGCGAUGAUCAGUUUGAUCAAUGCAACUUCUCACUCGAUUGGGUAUUGCGCUCUUUAUCUGUGUAUAGGUUUUCUUAACAGCUGACUCCUCUGUGAGUACUUUUGUCAAAUGAAGACACUCUAGACUGUUAAAAUAUUUAAUAGAAAAUUACUUUUUUAAUAUAACUUUUAUGUAGCGGUCUCAUGAAAAAUAAUAAUAAUAAAAAAAUAAAUCAACCAAAAGAAAGAAAACAACAGAGAUGUGAAGGUAUUACUAAUUGCUAUUUUGUUCUGUAACAUAUUUUUUUAACAGAAAACUCAAUCUGCAUUGCUAAGUUGCAUAUUUAUUUUGUUAUGUAAAUCAUAUUUAUAAUGCUAUUUUCACAGAGAAGUGAUUCUUUGUAAAUUGUAAAUAAUGCUGUUUUUUUUUUCCCCGUGUUGAAUGCAUGUAUGUUUCCAUGAGAGAACACAUUACAGUUAUUUCAAAGAAACAUUCAGUAUUGCCUUUUCAUUUUUAAUUCCC